AUGAGCAGCUUCGGGAAGAUCCUGCGGGAGAUCGGGGAGUUUGGUAGCUUUCAGAAACGCUUGUUGGCUGGAAUAUGCAUCCUCAGCAUUUUUUCUGCUUUCGACAUCGCCGGUCAGGUGUUUGUAGGACUGAACUUCCCACAUUCCUGUAACACCGACUGGAUCCUGGAGCGAGGACCCAACCUGACGGAGGAGCGACAAAGAAAUCUCACCCUCCCACUGAACAGGGAUGGAGGCUUUGAGAGCUGUGAGAUGUUCACACCUGUGGAUCUUGAUUUGGAAACCAUUGAGGCGUAUGGCAUCAACAAGACUACAGGAUGCACACAUGGAUGGGACUAUGACGCACCUGUUGGGGCGUCUAGCAUCGUGACAGAGUUUGAUGUAGUUUGUGACAGGAGGGGUUUGAUCGAGGCGUCCCAGUCCAUCUCCAUGGCCGGAGUUCUGGUUGGAGCGCUGGCUUAUGGGGCGAUUUCUGACCGGUUUGGACGGCGCUUCUCGAUCCUGCUCUGUGUUUCUCUCCUCCUGUUCUUCAGUGUUGGUUCAGCUUUCUCCCCCAACAUCUACGUUUACAUGGUUUUCAAAUUUCUCUGCGGCACCUCGAGUGGGUUUAUCCUAAUACAUAAAAUGUCUAUAUAUAUCUGUGUUACAGGGGUGGAGUGGACUGGUCCCUCUUACGCUGCUCGUUUCACAACAAUCACCAUAACGUUCUGCGGUGUGGGACUGACCUUACUGUCGGGCAUCGCCUAUUUAAUCCGCGAUUGGAGGAUCCUGCAGCUGGUGCUCUUCAGUCCUCUUCUAGUCCUCUUUACUCGCUUUCUCUGGUUUCUCCCAGAGUCCGCCCGCUGGCUGAUCACCCAGGGUAGGAAGGAGGAGGCGCUGAAGGAGCUGCAGAGGGCGGCCAGACUGAACGGGACCACGGUACCAGAACAUCUGUUGGACAAGCUUGAGAUUGAGGGAACAUCUGGAAGAAGAAACGUGUUCGACAUCUUCCGGAUAUCGUAUUUGAGAAAACGUACUCUCAUAAUGGGCUACAACUGGUUUGCAGCAAAUCUUCUCUACUACAGACUGACCCUGAAUGUGGGCAGCUUUGGCCUCAAUAUCUACCUCACACAGUUCAUCUUUGGAGUCGUCGAAUUUCCUGCACAGGCUACUUCUUACGCUCUGAUGCAACGCAUCGGAAGGAGGACAGGACUAGUGGGCUUCCUUUUCUUCGGGGGAGCUUCUUGCCUCAUGGUCCUUGCCAUCCCAAAAGAUCUUCCUGCCGUGGUGACAACCAUAGCAGUCAUCGGGGCGUUUGCUGCUACUGCCAGUUUCAACGUAAUCUAUGUGUACACUACAGAAUUAUACCCAACUAUUUUAAGGCAGAAUGGUUUUGGUGUGAACUCGAUGUUUGGUCGCGUGGCGGGGAUCCUGGCUCCACUGGUGAGACUCCUGGACGUCUACCAUCACUCCAUCCCCAUGCUGAUAUACGGCAUCGUCCCCAUCACUGCUGCUGGUCUCUGCUUGUUACUGCCUGAAACCCUCAAUGUGGAACUCCAGGACCACACUGAGUCCGAGAAACCAUCAAAUGGAGCUUUGGAGAAUGCUGAAGUAAUAAUUCAAGAGAAAAAACUUUAAUUUGUACUCUACUUAAUUUGUACUCUACUUCCUUUAUUAUAGUCAGACAACUUUUCUACAUGU